CCUGGCGGCCUCAUCCACAUCAUGGAUGACCAGGCACCUCGCAUGCCGAAGAAGAGCAGCCAUACGAUGGUUGAGGCGUUCACGAAGUGGUGGGGCAACCACUCUUCGUUCAAAGCAGGCUCCAUUGACCGUACGGGCUUCCCGACGUUCACAGUCAACCACUUCACCGGCCCUGUCACCUAUUCGUCGGAAAACUUCCUGGAAUGCAAUCUUGAGGCACUGAACCCUGACUUCGUCUCGCUCCUCCGAGGCACGAGCACCAGUGAAGGACCUUCGGCGGAUGGUUCCGGAUCAUCGAACCCCUUCGUUCGCAGCCUGUACUCCGGCAAGGCGAUCACGACACAGGCACACCCAUGCGAUGCGGACAAUGUUGUACAACAGUGA